AUGCCCGCUAGUUGUCGCUUUAUGGCCACCUUAAUCAGUAUUGACAAUCGGUUCAAAGCAAUUUCGCAGGGAAAGUGGUGGAUGGCUGAUGCUAUGAAGAGGGAAAAUAGGUCUAGCGAUACUGCGUGCCCCACACCUCGCCUCCUUGCUGUGCGGCUGUCUGUUUUUCAUGCAGCGCUUUGA